CACACAGACUGAAAACAUCAAACAGUAAAGAGUAGUUUGUAGUUUGUAGUGAGUGAGUGCACCUCUAAUGUGUUCUAGAUUAAAUCUUAAAGCUAUUCCCAUUAGAACACAUGAAAGCCUGUUGUCUGUUCAGUGGUUGUGGAACGAAUGCUUGUAGGAUUGGUCGUCACUCGCCGCGAAAUCUUGGCCAUGCUCGUAUUUAGAAUUCCUAGCAGGGAUUUUCUACUGGUCGGUGGACGUGUCUUCGGAUGUCAGUGCAACAGUGACUUUGGAGAUGUGGCGUGUAGAACGCCAUCGGAAGGUCAGAGUACUCGAAGAUCUUGUAAUAGGCUUUGCUGUGCUUCAUGUGAAGUUCUCUGACCUCUGACCACAGUAUGGGCUACUUGGUCAGAUGGAGAAACUAUUUUGAAGUUCAUUGAAGUUACUUUGGGUUGUACAGAACGGCUGUAUUUCAUAAACAAGUACUCAUUCCGUACUAUUUUGAUAUUCUUUGCCGGACAAGUUUAGUUUAUUGAUUUUGAAGUGAUCAUCGAAAUGAUCUUGACAGUAUUCCUUCAUCGUAUUAUGAAGAUAGUGGGUUCUCAUCUCGGUUGGCGUAUUGGAUUAUAAUUUAUUUUUUUAACGAGAUUUUUGGAUUACGUAGCAUUCGUGGGUGAGAUUCGUUCUCUGUGGAGGUAGGCCGCUAAUGGACUAAUUUUCCAGCCCACAUAUGAUAUGUUAGUGAACAUGGAGCGACUUUGGAAAAAUGAUGAACUAAUGAAGACGUGGAAUUUAAGGAUGGUGGCCUGUUUUAAGGUAAAUUUCGAAAUCGUGUGACGGGCCGCUUAUAAAUGUUGCGAGGGCCACAACCGGCACCAGGCCGCAGGUUUGCUGACCCCUGCAAUACGUUAUUGGUCUCUGUUUUGUCGAAAUGGAUGAUUAUGCUAAUGAAGAAAAUCCACGUGACGAAUUCUAAUCAAGAAAGUGUAGUGACUUUGUAAAGAUAUUACGAAAAUGAGUGUUGCAAACAAGUUAUUCAGUUGAAUGUGACAAAUCUAAACGCGUCGUGAAUUUUAAUCAACUUUAAUAUUAUAUCGUGUGCGCGAAGGUGGAUUAUGUGCUUUUGAAUGAACUCAAAAACAUCUUCUAUGCAUAUGCCUUGAAGUGAACGUGUUGGACUGCUCUUCGCUGACGUUGAAUUGCUCUGAACGACAAUGGAGUUGUGGAAUGCCAGUAGCCGUUUGAGUACUCUUCCUCAGAGGUUCCUGCACCUCCGAGAGGCGACCACAGGUGACUCUCCUGCCCGGCUUCUGCAACACAACAUCACGGCCUAUAUCAGAAACGUGUCCUGGGUUCUGAAUGAGACAAUUGACCAGGGUCUACUGGAAGAAUUUGCUCGGAAUCGCGUUGUUGAAGACCCAGCGUUCUCAGCCCUCAUAUUUGUGUACAGUGUUCUCAUAGUUGUUGGAGCCGCUGGCAACAGCCUAGUGGUAUGUGCCGUUGCCAGAAAGCCUGCCAUGCGUACUGCUAGGAACAUGUUCAUUGUGAACCUCGCAAUCUCAGAUCUCCUCCUAUGUCUUAUCACUAUGCCUCUCACACUCAUGGAAAUCCUCACAAAGUACUGGCCUCUAGGAAGAUACCCCUUCGUCUGUAAAAUGUUGGGGACUUUACAGGCUACAAGCAUAUUUGUUUCCACCAUCUCUAUUACAGCCAUUGCUCUUGACAGAUAUCAAGUGAUUGUGUAUCCAACGAGAGAAAGCUUGCAGAAACUCGGAGCUGUGAUAAUCCUCAGUUGCAUUUGGGUGGCUGCCAUAAUUCUUGCUAGCCCAAUGUUCUUUUGGCGAACAUUGAAUCAUCACGAUAUUCAUCUUCCUAGCAUCGGUAUAGACUAUAUAGAAUACUGUUUAGAGGAGUGGCCGGUUGAACAUGGACGUGCCUACUACUCGCUUUUCUCACUAGUGGUCCAGUACGUCCUGCCAAUUUUUACGGUCAGUAUUGCUUAUUCAAGAAUCUGCCGUAAAUUGAAAUAUCGGUACGUGAAUUCUUCAGCUGUCGGGUCAUCCUCCAAGAACAAAGGUUGUACAGUGUCAACAAACAGGAGGAAGCUAAAGGACGAUAAAAGAAUGAAGAGAACUAAUUCUUUGUUGGUCUCCAUAAGUUUGAUUUUCUGUAUCAGUUGGUUACCAUUAAAUAUAUUUAAUCUGGUUGUCGACUACUGGAAUCCGUUUGGAGAAGAUCGCCAGUCUAUGAUGAUAUGGUACGCAGUGUGCCAUAUGAUGGGCAUGUCUUCAGCAUGUUCGAAUCCGUUGCUGUAUGGGUGGUUAAAUGACAAUUUCCGCAAAGAAUUUAAAGAGAUUUUGGCA